UGGGGAGGUGCGUGGGCGUCCGCGAAACAGGUGACAGUGGUGAGUGCGGGAGUGGUCGAAUCUCUUGCCGCUGCCGCAGCCGCCGGUGCAGAUAAGGGCCGCGUCCCGGGAACCCUGGGCAACGCCUCCGCGGCCCCUGACAUUUAUGAGAUCACAGACUAAGAAAGUCCUACUAACUCCCCUCAUGCAUUCAGCUCGCCCUUUCCGGGUCUCCAACCAUGACAGGAGCAGCCGGCGAGGGGUGAUGGCGAACAGUCUGAAGGAACUCCUCAGCAAGACCCUGGAUGCCCUUGUCAUCACCAGUGGACUGGUCAUUUUGGUGCUGGAAGAAGACGGCACGGUGGUGGAUACAGAAGAGUUCUUUCAAACCCUGGGAGACAACACGCAUUUCAUGAUCUUGGAAAAAGGACAGAAGUGGACACCGGCUAGUAACUCCGUCCCAGCUCGCCAGCAGCCAAAGAAAUCAGGAAUAGCCAGAGUCACCUUCAACUUGUACAAGCUGAAUCCCAGGGAUGUCAUUGGCUGCCUCAACGUGAAGGCCACCAUGUAUGAGAUGUACUCAGUGUCCUAUGACAUCCGGUGUACAGGGCUCAAGGCCAUGCUGAGGAGCCUGAUGCGCUUCCUGUCCCAUGCUGCCCAGGCGACCGGACGGUUUCUCAUCUACACGGGCACAUACAUGCUCCGGAUGCUGGGUGACACGGAAGAGCAGGCUUCUCCCGGGUCACGCUCCAGGCGAGGGUUCACGUGUGAAUAGGGCUGCAUGCUGCAGGGGCUCA